GCGUGACUUGACAUGCCUUUUGUGCGUUGACCUUUCCGAGGCUUGGUGGAGGCCACGAUGUUGCUCAGAAAGGCCGCAAGCACGCUCCAAACGCGUGCUUUAGAACGAUCUGCGACUUCGGUUUCAGUCUCAUGAUCGAUAUGCCUGUGCUCGCGUCACUGAUGCCUCGAUAAACGCAACCUCUCCGUGCCACACUCGUGCUUGUGAUUCAGACUAAUUGUUCAGCUUGUUCAGACCUUGGCCUCGUGGACCUAGUUUUUAAGUAGAGCUCUAGAGUUUCAGACACACCGCUUGCUCCCGCGCACAUUCGAGAUCGCACCAGUGACGAUAUCUCAACCUUUACACGGCCCUCGAUCCCCUUUGCAUGGACCCAUCAGCAACUCCGCGACGUUAUCUUCGAAGGGAAUGGAAACGAAAUAAGCCCCACUUGCGUGCAUCCGAUUCACUACCUUCAUUCCACCUCUGCCCGAACAGGCCUCUCUUUGCCUGUGCACAUUGUGGCUUUUCCAAUACGCUCAUCCCUAUGUGUCUGUGGUGUGCAUGGAGUUCCGCGGUGGCAAAGAAAGAGUUCGAGGAGAAAUUGCCAAGACCGCGAAGAAUAACUGCACCAUCUAAGACGACUUCUCAAUUGAGAGGCACAAGCGAGCGAACCAGAGUCAAGUGCAUGCCAAAGAGGGUCUCGGCAGAUUCCACAAAUUCGAGCGCUGGUCCUGUGACUCCUCAAGGUGACCUCAUGUUCUGCAUGGAAAGCCUUCAGGUACCUGGAAUUACGGCAGUGUUGGACUCGUGUGACGGCGAGCUCGCGUAUUCACACAAGCCUGAUGUUGCGCUGGUUGCCGUGGAUGACAUGCCAAAUGUCGAAGUCAAUUACCCAGGAGAUGGCGGUGGCAUGUUCUACGACGUCACCACAGCAACACCAAUUUUGCCGACGUUGUGCCCUUCGACGGCCCCCGCCAAGAAGCAGGAGUUUCUGGAUGGACCAUACAAACACGAAACCGCGAAGGAACAAUCGAUACGACGCCGUCGAAAACUGCCCGCUCUUUUUCUUUCAACAUUGUCGUCCGCGCACGCGCGCGCCACUCCUCACGACGUGUCACACAAAUCACUCAUGAUCCAAGAAACUACUUCACACUCGAACACUAGUUCCGUUUCGAUCGAUCCACCUCACGCCGCUGGCGGCGAAGUAUACCCCGAUGGCGCUUCUCACGCUCGCGCUCUCUCCUUACUAUCCGUCGUGUCAGCAUCUUCACAAUGUUCCCCGAAACUACGAAGGAAGAAAGCCAUGCCAUCGCUCAAGCGCAUGUCCUCGUUCUCAUGUCGGUCAAGAUCACAACAGUCUUCCCCCGCCUUUGAUGAUCGUGCUGAAUCGCCUGUGCCACGUGCAAUACAAGUAGCACGUACACCCUCUCCCGCACCUUCGACUCCUGUCAGCGCGGAACCUCACGUCCGAAUCGGUCACCCCAGCCGGCCAUACUAUACUGCCAUCCGUAAAAACAUGUCUCGCCCUGGCACCCCUGGGCUUCCCAGCUCCCUUUCCCGCACGCCCUCUCCCAUGCCAUCUGAUUACGAUUACGCACCACGGGCCACGAGAUCUCUCGACUGUGGAGAGCGUAUAUCAGUGCAGUUUGGUCGAGAUUCACGGCCCAUGUCAAUGGUUCUCCCUGGACAAGCGGUACCUGUGAACCUGUACUCGGGGUUCUCAUUAAGCGGCGAGACGGAGAUGCGGAUGAAUUUGGCAAGAUGGCGAAGGGAAGAUGGUCCUGAUGAGCCAGGGGACUACCUGUUCAAGGAGACAGGUCACCGCAGGAAUGGGAUAAAGGGCAGGGUAAAGAAGCUCGGGAAGGGCUUACGAGAUCUUGUGCUCGGCAGAUCGUGAUGCAUGUACGAACAGCUGUAAGAACAGACCGUGUCACGAUAUAUGUACCCAUGCUGGAUAUCUAUCAGCCAGCUUGUCUCACUUGCGUCCUUCUCGGAGAAGAGACCUACCAUCAAGCAGCACGGCUGCCCCGUGUGGACACGUGGUUGUUUUUUUUUAUUCAUGUGAUCUGGGGGAGCGACACGUCGUCCGGAAUCAAACUGAAACCAUCUGAUCACGAUCAUUGAUAAUGAAAAGCAUUGUUCCUGUUAUCCGU